AUGUCGGCUUCUGAAGCUGCAGCUGCUGCUGGUGCUACAGCAGCGGCUCCAGAAGCUGCCGAUAUUGCCAACCACCUAAAGAGGAAAUCAUCUGAUAUAGGCUGGGAGUGGGGGCGUCUCUGUGAUCCCAAUGACAAGAACAAAGUCAAGUGUCUUCUUUGUGGCCAUGAGAGUGCAGGAAUUAAUCGCCUUAAGCAGCAUCUUGCUCAUAGGGGCACUUCUAUUGCGAAGUGCCAAAAAGUUCCUGAUGAUGUUAAGCAAAAGUGCAUUCAGAAUCUUAAUGAAAUAGCAAAUAAGAAGAAAGGGAAGCAACAACGUGAUAAAGAGCUUAGGGAGAAUGUGCAACUUGCAACAGGUGAAGAGGAAGUGACAGAAGUUGAGUCACUUGCUGGAAGCUCAAGUACACCUCACAAGCUAGGACCCAUGGACAGAUUUACUCGUCCCAUUGAUCCCAAGUUAAGCAGUGCUGAAGCUAAGAGGCAACAGAACAUAAAUGAAGCACUUUGGAAAGAAAGAACUCACCAAGUGCAGCAAUAUGUUGCUAAAUGGGUAUAUACACAUGCUAUUCCAUUUAAUGCUUGUGAUAAUGAUGAGUUCAAAGAAAUGGUUGAAGCUAUUGGUCAAUUUGGUCCUGGUUUCCAACCUCCAACUCAGCAUGAUUAUCGGGGUAGAUUGUUGGAUGAGGAGUAUGCAAGAACGAAGAGCUUGCUACAAGACCGUGAAGAUGAGAAGGUUAAGAAUGGCUGCUCCAUCAUGACUGAUGCAUGGACAGAUAUGAAGAGAAGAAGUAUUAUGAACCUGUGCACAAAUACUAGUGAGGGCACAACAUUUAUCAAGUCUGUGGAGAUGUCAGAUGUGUCACACACUAGUGAAGUUAUCUAUGAGCUCAUUGGCAAGGCAAUUGAGGACGUAGGUGCUGAAAAUGUAGUGCAAGUUGUGACAGAUAAUGCCUCUAACAACAUGGGAGCAAAGGCAUUGCUGCACCUCAAGAAGCCAAACAUAUUUUGGACUUCUUGUGCAACUCAUACCAUCAAUCUGAUGCUGCAAGGUAUUGGCAACCUUGCAAAAUUCAAGACGACAAUUGAUCUAGCAAAAUCAUUCACUAUCUUUGUCUAUGGUCACCACCGGACCCUGGCAUGUUUGAGGUCCUUCACCUUGAAGAGAGAAAUCAUAAGGCCAGGGGUAACCAGAUUUGCUACAACCUAUCUUACACUGCAAAGUAUGAUGGAAAAGAAGGAUUGUCUAAGGAAGAUGGUGGUUGACUCAAAGUGGUAUGACUUACCUGAAGCGAAGACCAAAAAGGGCAAGGAUGCUACAGACACAGUGUUGAACAUACAAUUUUGGAGAAAUGUGGCCCUUUGUUUGAAGGUCUUUGAGCCCUUGGUGAAAGUUCUACGUUUGGUUGAUGGAGAUGUGAAGCCAUCUAUGGGUUUUGUGUAUGGAGAACUUCUCAAGGCAAAGAAGGAGAUCAAGGAGGCAUUUGGAAAUGUGGAAAGGAACUACAAAGAAGUGAUGGCUAUUGUUGACAAGAAGAUGAAAGAUAGGCUUGAUUCUCCAUUACAUGUGGCUGCAUAUAUGCUGAAUCCUUACUACAGUUAUAGCAAUCCAGCAAUCUUCAAUGAUUCAACAGUAGUGGAAAAAUUCAUGGAGUGUGUGGAGACCUUUUACUGUACAGAUGAUGACAAGGGAUAUAGGGCUGUUAAUGUGGACUUGGAACAGUUCCAGAAGAGACUAGGAAACUUCUCAAAGAAGCUGGCAAGGAGCUGCGAACGCUUCGAGUUCAACCCGGCAUCUUGGUGGAGGCUUUAUGGAGGUGGAGCACCAGAUUUGCAAUAUAUGGCUAUUAGAAUCCUCUCACUGACUUCUAGCUCAUCUGGAUGUGAAAGGAAUUGGAGCAUAUUUGAACAGCAUCAUACAAAGAGAAGGAAUAGGCUGACAACAGAGCGCCUCAACUCUCUGGUAUUCAUCCAAUUCAAUAAUAAAUUGAUGUCCAAGGAGAAGAUUAAAAGAAAGAGUAACUAUGAAGUGCUCCUAAGUAGUGAUGCUUGUGAAGCUCAAGGAUUUUUCUAUGAGGGAGGGGAUGAUCAUGCAUUGGUUGUCUUCAGGGAUGAGGAAGAUGAGCUAGAACAAAUGCCAGAGACAGGGAUACCAUGGAGUGUCCUUGGAGAUGCAAUGGGAACUAAUGAACAGCUUCAACCUCGAAGGAGUGCAAGAGUGGCUAGAGAGGUGGAUGAAGAAGAGUGGGAAUCUGAUCCUGAAGAUCCUGACUAUCAAGAUGAUGACAUUGCCUAUGAGGAUGAUGAGGAUGAAGAAGCAAUUCUAAAUUGCAAUGCAUUUGCGGAGUGA